AUGGAUGGUAUGAAGGCAAGAUCAAAUGUUGUCGUAAUGGCUGCCACCAAUCGUCCAAAUAGUAUUGAUCCUGCUCUUCGAAGAUUUGGUCGUUUCGAUCGUGAAAUUGAUAUUGGUAUUCCAGACCCUACUGGUCGUUUGGAAAUUUUACGCAUCCAUACAAAGAAUAUGAAAUUAGAUGAGGAUGUAGAUUUGGAACGAAUUGCAUUCGAAACUCAUGGUUAUGUCGGUUCAGAUAUAGCAUCUCUUUGUUCUGAAGCUGCAAUGCAACAAAUCCGUGAAAAGAUGGACUUAAUUGAUUUGGAAGAUGAAACAAUUGACGCUGAAGUCUUGGAUUCAUUGGCUGUCACAAUGGACAAUUUCAGAUAUGCUUUGGGUGUAUCCAAUCCAUCUGCUCUACGAGAAACAGCUGUAGAGGUCCCAACAGUCACAUGGAAGGACAUUGGUGGACUCGAAAAAGUCAAACUGGAACUUCAAGAAACUGUACAAUAUCCUGUAGAGCACCCUGAAAAAUUCGUCAAAUUUGGCAUGUCUCCUUCAAAAGGUGUAUUAUUCUAUGGUCCCCCAGGAUGUGGUAAGACAUUAUUAGCUAAGGCCAUUGCCAAUGAGUGUCAAGCCAAUUUCAUUAGCAUUAAGUUAUUGACUAUGUGGUUUGGUGAAUCUGAGGCGAAUGUUCGAGAUGUCUUUGAUAAAGCACGUGCUGCUGCUCCAUGUGUAAUGUUCUUUGAUGAAUUGGAUUCUAUCGCAAAAGCUCGUGGAGCCAGUUUAGGUGACGGUGGUGGUGCUGGUGACCGUGUUCUUAAUCAAAUUCUUACUGAGAUGGACGGUAUGAACGCUAAAAAGAAUGUAUUUAUUAUCGGUGCCACAAAUCGUCCAGAUCAAAUUGAUCCGGCUCUGCUUCGUCCUGGUCGUCUUGACCAAUUGAUUUAUAUUCCUCUACCCGAUGAGUCAUCAAGGUUAUCGAUUUUGAAAGCUACAUUGCGAAAAUCACCUGUAGCUGAAAAGGUUAAAGAACGUUUGGAUUAUUUAGCCAAGAAAACAGAAGGAUUCUCUGGUGCAGAUUUGACAGAAAUUUGUCAACGUGCGUGUAAAUUGGCGAUCAGAGAAAGUAUUGAAAAAGAAAUAAAACGUGAACAAGAGCUCCCUGAAAUUACAAUGGUUCACUUCGAAGAAGCUAUGAAAUUUGCUCGUCGUUCAGUUUCUGAUAGUGACAUUCGCAGAUAUGAAAUAUUUGCCCAAAACCUUCAACAAUCUCGUGGCUUUGGACUGAACUUUAAGUUCCCUGAAGAUUCUAGCGAAGGACCUUCCACAGACGCACAAAAUGGCGGCAACGCUAUGGAUGUUACUAGUACUACAUUCGGUCGGGAUGCUGAUGGAGAUGACGAUUUAUAUGCUUAA